CCUCAGUAAUCAUGUCAAAAGUUCUGAUAUUCUUGGCUUUCUUCUGCUUGUGCCUGAUGCUAAUUCAAGCUCAGCCAAAUGAGAACAGAAGGAUCUGCGAGAAGCUGACCCGUGACUGCGUUGCGUGUCAGCGUAGAAGAGGACCUGACGACGAUGUGACUAAUAUCUUCAAUGCCAAUUGUCGCAGAAACAAUCGCCGAUGGAAGAAUAUUACACGCUGCGAGCUAGACCGUGCCACCUGUGAGCUAACUCUGAUUUCCUGCAGAGCUGUGACCUGUGAAAAUGUGCGUCGUAUACUAGACUAACGGAUGCAAUUAGAGAGAAGAUGUGCAAAUGA